GAGCUGAGCAUGCGCAGUUGUGCGCCACCAUCGGGCUAGCUCUCGAUAUGUAAAUUUCUGUCCGGCAAAGUUUCAGUGUGGGUUGUAUUUUCUCUUCGAGGAUUUCUUCUCAUUGAAGCUGCUUCUUUUAUUGGAAUUUUCUUAUUCGAUAGCUGUAUAUAAUAUAUAUGCAUGUGCGUGAUUUCGAGAAAAUUCAUGCUUUCGAUUUUUCAGAAUCAGAGUUUCCAUCAACCUUCAUCACUUCGACCCGAACAUGUAAUUCGGUGCACCUCCACAGUGCGAUAACUACGGCAGCGGCGACUUGUGGGGAUGUGUUACCGUGCAUUACCACACGGGGACGGAGAUUUUGUUGGAAAUAAGUGAUUCGUUUGCAUCUUGUUUCUCGGAAUUCCUUUCAAGUAACUGAUACGCAGACCAAAUCACACGAUGGCUACGACUGUCCAGUAUGACCUGGACACGUCUGGAGGCCUCAUGAUGCAAAUUCAGGCUUUGGUUGCUCCUCCACAAAGUGAUGAGCCUCCAAGAAAAUACAGAAGAACAGAACCAAGAAGAACAGGAAGAGCAACCAACAGAGAUUCCUGUGAUAGCUGCACAGAGGGAGGAGAUCUUAUUUGCUGUGACCGUUGCCCUGCAUCUUUUCACCUCCAGUGCUGUAACCCUCCUAUAUCAGAAGAGGAUCUACCCUCAGGAGAAUGGUUGUGUCACAGAUGCACAGUAGCACCACAGCCAUUGAACACUGAGGUCACACUCUCUGACACUAUCAAGUCUAUUGAGAAGGCGCAACGCUCUGAGAGAGAAAAGAAGCAGAAGGAGUCUGCUGCUGCUGCCAAGGAGAAGGAGAGAGCUGCCUCCACCUCCCUCCGGCUGAAUGAUCGACUGAACGACAGACUCAUGAGAGAAGGAAGGGCCUGUUUGCGGCUGGCUCAGAUCCAGGCUUACAAGGAGGCACAAAUAGAGGCUGGGAUAAUACCCAAGGAAAUGCCAGAAGAGGGAGAUACCAAUCGGACGGAGGGAACAGAAGAAGAAAAGAUGGAUGUUGACAAGGCAAAGGAUACAAUGGAGGUGCCUGAAGAAAAGAAAGACAAGGAAGAAGAGGUUUAUGUCAAGUUUGAGAAUCCUCUAAGCUACCUCAUCAAAGCUGUAGCCAUUCAGAAUCCCAAGCAGUUCUCUCUCCCUCCAGAGAUGAUGCAACAUGCACCCCUACCAGGGACAACUAAGAAGAAGAAAAAAGAGGAACUAUCCAAGAACUACAAGAAGCCUCAUGAGCUAGAUAAUAUGAUGAUCCCCCUACCUGCUAAAGUCUGCUUCACAUGUAACAAAACAUGUCGUGUAGCACCCCUUCUCCAGUGUGACUACUGCCCUCUGCUGUUCCAUAGAGACUGCCUGAAUCCCCCUAUUACAUCCUUACCUACGGGCAGGUGGAUGUGCCCCAAUCAUCCGGAAUAUGCAUUACCAGAAUUCCAGAAUGGUGGUCACACAGAACGAGUGAAGAUCUUCAACAAAUUCCAGGGCAAGGUAGACCAGCAAGCCGUCAAACUCCAGUUCAUCAACAAAAUCCAUAGAUCUGGGCCUCCAUGGAAAGAGAAAUGUAAAUGGCGCAAAACAAUCAAGGUACCUGAAGCCAUCAAGAAUCAAUAUGCACUGCCUCCUCCAUUACUCCCACUCUGCCAUGAGCGCCCCCUUCCUAUGAUAGGCCCUGUGGAUGAAGUCAAGAAACCUGGUCCUCUAACUCAGCAGGAAGAACAAGAAGAGUGGUUGAAAGGUGUGGUGGCUCUGCAGACAAGUAUAGCAAGACAUUUAGCUCAGAAGUCACUACCUAAAGAACCUACCAUUAAACCAAAAAUCAUCACUGCUUCUAUGCUCUCGAAGCCUUCAUCUGCUCCAACCAUAGUCACAGCCACACCGUCCAGUCACAGCACAACACCGGUCAGUGAUACAUCAUCGAGUGUUACAUCAUCCAGCAUUGCGUCCACUAACCCGGAAGCAAAGAGCACUACCACGGUUACAACAACCACCACAAACUCUUGCAGCAUGAAAGACACAAAUGUAGUAGAGUCUUUGAGCAGAGAAUUUCGGACUGCCAAAAGGGAUGUUUAUAAGUAUGAUUUGAUUGACACGCAAGAACCAAAAAUUAGAACGGUUGCAGAUUUAAAGGCUUUGCACAAUGGACCACUCAAACCAAUUAGUGCAGUUACAUCAUUUAUGUCAAAUGGGCCAUCAAGCUUGUACAAGAGCAAAACGGACCUUGUCUUAGAAGCAGCUGAGCACUUGAACAACCACGUCAUGGUCAAGACGAAAAACAAUGGAACAUCUCUAUCCUCAGAGGAAAAGACGUUACAUGACUCUCCAUCCACUAGCAUUAUGAAUGGUAGUAUAACAAACAGUGAUAGCUCGGAGUCAAAGGUCGUGACCUCCAUGCAGAGAGUGACCCCUGCAGGGGUCAAGUCACCACCUGCAGUGACCUGCACAUCAGCAAAGACCAAUGCGACAUCAACGGUCAUGCUCAGUAGUGGAAGCGUGGUGGUACCAUCGUCUGCUAAGGUUGUGUCUACAACGCAAGCAGGAAACCUCAAGUUUACCACCAUCACCAUGCCAACCAAGAUGGCUGUUGGUGUAGGUCAAGGGUCACCAGGAUUAACAGGAAGAGUAGUGACAAUACCAGCUUCCUCUGGUAAGUUGAGUCCUUCACCUUUGAACUCUGGUAAGAUCACACCUGCAACCUUGGGUUCAUCACCUGCUAUUAUCAAUCUCAAUAGCUCUCUACAAUCAUGUAUAGAUGGCAAUGGAGAAGUGGAGUUGAGUAAGUUAGAUGAGAGGCUGGUCCAGAUUCUUGCCUGGCAGAGAUUACAGCAAUUAUUACCUCAAAAGACUCAAACCUUGCAGACUACGAUAGUCAACAAGAAAACUACAACGAACACUGUAUCAUCAUCACCGUCAUCCUACUCCUCGGCAUCCACCACUGCUGCUGCCAUCAAUCAGGGUACCUCGUCAAUACAUACAUUUAGUACAGGUGGUACCACCACAGUAAGCAGUGUACCAUUGCACACAUCCACAUUACCAUCAUCUGGUACCGUCCAUGGUGUUUCCUCUACAGGGCUGUCUCAUACGGUGCGGGCUAGGGCCAUGGUGUGUCCCAUGAACGGGAAAGGUCCUGGUACACCGGUUCCAAUGUGCUACAGGUCUCUGCAUAUAGGAUCAGGGCGUGACAAUGAUGUUUGUUUAAGGAACUAUGGGCAUUGUAAUUUUGUAUCUUCCAAGCAUGCAUGUAUAUUCUAUGAUGAGACUACAAGGUUAUAUGAGCUAAUCAACUACAGUGAGUAUGGCACCAAUGUAGACAAUGUCAUCUUCUCCUGCGACUCAUCAGAUAAAUGGUCAUCUCAUUUACCAAGGGCGUCUCCUAUGGUCAGAAAUGUUCGGAAGAUCAUUGACAAGAGGAAAGUUCGAUUCAGUGAGAGACUCAUGAAAGAUGGCAAGAGUCGACAUAAUGUCAAGCAAGAGAAAGAACCUGAGUUACCCCAGCGUAUGAGUUCCAUGCCCAAUGACCAUUACUCUCCGUGUGCUUGCCGUGGUGGGAGCUCAGUGCUGCAAGGUGACAGCAAGGCAGGAUGGGAAGGCUCUGCCUUGUUGCAUCAUGGGAGCUUUAUCAAAAUUGGUUGUCUCAGCUUUGUAUUCAGUAUUACCGAGAAUGUUACAAGAACAAUUCAAACACCAAAGGCUUCAUCUACGAGUUUAUUUCAAGAUAACAAGAAAUCAGUGGUAGUUAAUUCUUCAUCAACGUCAAUACCUGCACGGAAAACAUUUCCUCAGACUCUUGUGAGGUCACAAUCAGCAACGUCAUUACCGUAAUCAGCUAUCAUUCAGAAUUAUGUUCUUCGAUUACCAGCAGUAUAUGGGUUUGUUAUGAUUAGUGUUUUUUUUGUACUUUUCAUCCUUUUCUCUUAGGAUAACCACAUCCCACUGAGAAGUAAGCUAAACAGUAUGUAUUCCUUGCAUACUAAGCAUCACUGUUCUAAGAUACUAAAAUUAAGCCUUUUCACCUUGUCAUUGCCUGUGAAUUCAGGUAUCAUAGAAUUCUGACUUUUUUUUAUUGAUAAGAAGAUUGAUGGAAUCAGAGUCAGACAUGAGAAUGUUAUGGGUGGGCAGUUGAAAUGGAUAUUGAUUCAUCUUUCCUGAGGUUCUAGAAUCAUUAUAUAUUGUCUCUUAUUGCAAUGCUUUCUGAGUUUUUUUUUGUUAAUGUGCCUUUUACCAAAAUCUAGACUUCAGUUACAAAAUUCUUUUGUCAGGGAAAUGUAAAGACCAUGUCAAUGGUGUUUUUUGUUCCAUUGUGUAUCCUUCAUCCCUUGUAUGGAAGGGCACUGAAAUUGUAUGCAGCCUCUCUAUAGGAUUAUAAAGCAUGUGAUUUGUUAGCUAUUUAAGUCUGUUGACUCAUAUAAUUUUCAGUCUAUGCAUUCAUGUUCACAACUACGUAUAUACGAUCCUUAUUUGAAAAUAAGCCAACAUGACAUUUUUAAUACUAGAUUUUCUAUCAUGUCCAUUUUUUCCCCUAGGGUUUCAUGCAUAGAUUACGGGUAAUUUUUAAAAAUGAAAUUUCAGAAUUGACUACAAAAGCUUGCAGAUUACACAAUGCUUGAUGUGCAAGCUGAAAUCUCUUGGGGAGGGGCAGAUUAUAUCUCACCAUUGGCUGUAUGCACAACAUACCAUUUCCAUACCUAUGAUUACAUUCUACACACUUCUAUGCUUAUAGACCGUUAUUCUUUCUCCAAGUCUUCCCAUUCACACAUUACAAACAAAAAAAAUUCCUUAAUUUCUAUGUUAUGUCUUUACAUGAGCACCAUGUAUGUUUGGUUCCAUUUCUAAUUUCUCACCAAAGAGAGAGAGUAAAAGGCUAGGCAGCUGUGUAAGCAUAAGACAAUCCACUACUCCCUCCUCUUCUCCCUCCUCUCUUACCCAGAUCAUAUAUCCUUUUUUGGACACAUUCCAGACAGUGUACUUCCUGCAUGCAUGUUGUUGAAGGGUGAUAGGAGGAGGGUAUAUAGAGGUUAGAGGAACACGGUGUGAGUGUGAUAAGGCCAAUUCUUACCCUGGUUUCAUGUUUGUAGUGCGUACAUGACACAUGUCUUUGGAGCAAUGUUUCCAUGAUGUGGAAGAAUUGUAAUAGGGAUAGUCAAGUUGGAAAGAAUGAUGAAUGCAGCUGCUAUGAGCUCUUCAGAUGCCCUUAUAUUCAAAAUAUGACAAAGUAAGCUUGGGGCGGGAUGUUUUAUCAAGAUUUAGCUCUGACUUAGGGUUAUUUGCAAGUGUCAUCACACUCGUGAUAUUUGACUUUUAUCUCAAUUAAUUUAUGGUAGCAUGCAUCACAUAUCCGUGAUCUGAUCAAUGCAGUGAUGCAUUAUAUACCAAAUGCAACUAGGAAUCAAGUGCUCAUUUUAGUCAGAAUCAGAUCGUUCUGAUUACCCCCUGAAAUGUUUGGGCAGAAUAUUUUACUUGGUUCUUUAUUGCAUGUGCCCCAAGGUUGUAGCUAGUUUUGCCCAAUUCAUGUGCUUUUGUAACUACUUAUCCACCUUAUGAACUCUACUGAAACCAUACAAUCUUCGGAUUGCAUUCAGCUAGUCAUUGUCUGUGUCUUGCCAGUUAGGAUCAUGGACAGACAGUUAGGUAGUUCUUGAAAUAGCAUUAUCUGCACCUGGAUAUUGGUGCCUUUCAAGAUUAUGGAUUGGAAUGCAUUAUUUUCACUGUCAGAUUUUGUAUUUGGGGGGGUAUCUUGGGGAAAGAAAUAUAUAAUACCUGUUUAUAAUGGACAUCUCAACAAACUUAUUAACAUUUUUUAGCUCAUCCGGCCUGAAGGGUCAGAUGGGUUAUUUUUACUUUAUUAGUAUUUCAAUAUUAAACAUUUACAAGUAUUUGGAAUGAUGAUAAUGAAACUGAAUAAAACUAUUCUGAUGGAUGAUUCUCUUGGUCCUUCAUUGCUUUCACAGAUUUAGAAUAUAGUCAUGAUUGACAGGAUCAAUUAAAAAUGCCUCUAUUAUUAGAUAUAUGCAUUCAAUUAUGCAAUCAUUUUUAAUUAUGUGACAUAGGUAUAUGAUCAAGAGUUCCAUUAUCAAUGCAAUCUGGGCUCCGUAACACAAAGAUUAGCAAUCAAUCGCUAAAUGAACUGACCAAUCAAUAUCAAUGUUACACGCGCAU